AGCAGGAGACAAAAUUACUUUUAGUGUUAAGAGCAGGGGACAAAAGACAGGACAGAAAAGGGGAGAGAAGACACGGGUUUUGAGCUAAGGUCGCAGCAGCUGCAGGCAUUUGAACAGGUGCACAUUCCUAAAGUCCUAGUCAUUUCCUCUGCCACCGGAUCCCAGCUCACUUGGGUUGUGGAGCCAGUUUAGGGAGAGCAGAGACAGUGGAAAGCAUGACUCCAGGAGUGUGGUUGCUGGGAACCCUAGGGUUCCUUUUCCUCGUGGACGGGGCAAGCGGCACUUCGGGCGAGGGUCAGCUCCUGGAAAAGCUUUUCUCGGGUUACGAUAGCUCUGUGAGGCCCGCCCGGGACCCUGGAGACCGCGUGCCCGUCAGCAUCGGCCUAACCCUGGCGCAGAUCAUCAGCUUGAACGAGAAAGACGAGGAGUUAAUCACCAAAGUCUAUGUGGACCUGGUAUGGACUGAUUACAGACUAAGCUGGAAUCCUGAAGAACAUGAGGGAAUAGAGUCAUUGAGGAUUGCGUCGGAUUCCGUGUGGCUUCCAGAUAUAGUGCUCAUGAACAACAAUGAUGGAAACUUCGAUGUCUCUCUAAACAUUCAUGUGUUGGUGACUUCAGAUGGCUCCGUGCACUGGCUGCCCCCUGCCAUUUACCACAGCAGCUGUAGUAUCCAGGUCACCUACUUCCCCUUCGACUGGCAGAAUUGCACUAUGGUCUUCAGUUCUUAUAGUUAUGACAGCUCUCAGCUCAAACUAAGCCCGGGGCUUGGUCUGGAUGGACAGCAGAGGAGCGAGAUCUACAUUCAUGAGGGAAAUUUCAUCGAGAAUGGCCAGUGGGAAAUAAUCCAUAAAUCUUCAAGACUGAAUGGUCCCUCAGGAGAGGGGCAAAGAGGGAAGGAAGGAGAGCACCAGGAUGUCACCUUCUAUCUCAUCAUCCGACGAAAGCCACUCUUUUACCUGGUCAAUGUCAUAAUUCCCUGUGUACUCAUCACUCUCCUUGCCAUUUUUGUCUUCUACCUACCCCCAGAUGCUGGGGAGAAGAUGACCCUCUCUAUCUUUGCCUUGCUGACCUUGACGGUUUUCCUGCUGCUGCUGGCCAGUAAGGUUCCUGAGACAUCGCUGGCUGUUCCUAUCAUUGUCAAGUACCUCAUGUUCACAAUGAUUCUGGUCACCUUCUCAGUCAUACUCAGUGUCAUUGUCCUCAACUUGCAUCACCGGUCCCCUCACACCCACCAAAUGCCCUUCUGGGUUCAUCAGAUCUUCAUCCACAAACUCCCCCGGUAUUUGGGUCUGAAGAGGCCCAAGGUAGAGCGAACAUUGAAGCCAGAACCUCCUGUUCUGGAACUCAGGGAUGCUCAAGGCAGUGGCUGGGGUCGAGCCACAGAUGAAUAUUUCAUCCGGAAGCCUCCAGGGGAUUUCUCUAAAAGUAACAGGUUUCAACCUGAGCUCUCGCCUCCCGACCUUCGGCGUUUUAUCAACGGGGCUCCAAGUGAGAGUCCAAAGCUGCCCCCGGAACUGCGGGACGUUGUGACCUCCAUAAACUACAUCGCUCGCCAGUUACAAGACCAAGAAGACUACGAAGACCUGAGGGAGGAUUGGCAAUAUGUGGCUAUGGUGGUGGACCGACUCUUCUUGUGGACUUUCAUUAUUUUCACCAGCGUGGGGACACUCAUUAUUUUCCUGGAUGCUUCCUACCACCUACCCCCUUCCGACCCUUUUCCCUAACGUUUCCUCUGAGCCCUCGA